AUGGCCGCCUGUCGGGGAGCCCUAUGGCUGCUUGUGAUGGCGGCGAUGCUAAACGGCAGCGCCUCCUUCUCCACCAGCGUCAUGCAACUGAACAGGAAGCAGCAGAGAAGCGCUGCUUGCAGGAUGGAGAUGCUCGCAAAGGACGAGGGACUGGACGCCAAGCACCUUGCUGUGUCUGGUUUGCUGGCACUGGGGAUAACGCUUGGUGGGAAUUUUCCUUCCGUAGCAGCGAGUUUGCCAGAUUUGACCAGCACGCCCUUGUCUGCAGCAAAAGUCUCGAUCGUGCUGGAAGGAACCCCGAGGGUGGUUGACGGAGAUACCUUGGUGUUCCAGACUGGGACUGGCCAGAAAGACCGAGUGAGAUUGCUCGGCAUCGAUGCGCCAGAAUCUCGUCAGAUGUGCAAGGAUGAGAAGGGGUUCCCGUAUGCCUGCGGCCUUCAGUCGAAGACCUACCUGCAGGACCUGAUCAAGAACGACCUCGUCAAGUGCGUCGCCGAGAAGCGCGACAUGUACUCAAGGGUGCUUGGAAUCUGUUUUGACGAGAAGACCGGGGUGCAGAUCAACGAGAACCUCGUCGAACAAGGUGAGGCUCUUGCCUAUCAGCAGUACUCGAAAGUGUACGUGAAAAAUGAAGAGCACGCCAAGUCUGGGAAGCGCGGAGUAUGGAAAGGUUCGUUUCAAGAGCCUUGGCAGUACAGGAAAGACAAGCGUAGCAAGCAGGGUGGUGCAUCAAGCAAGGCUGUAGGAAACGAGGUGUCGAAAGUUUCUCUGUCGAACAACAAACCUGUGAGCUCAGCCGACGACUUCGAAACUGACUUUGAGGAGUAAGAUCAGGAAUGGUUCUGUAAACACAUCCACUGUGGAAUUUCUCUGACAAUAAAACAUUCCGUCGG